UAUAACGGUGCGAAAGUAAUUAAUAAGCCUAACAAACCCAAACCCACCAAAAACAAGUACAACACUUGAACAAUUUGUUCUCAGCUUCUAUGGCUGGAAUAAUACUCAUCUCAGAAAGCUUCAUCAAACCAAAAUAUGAAGUUAAAGCUUCAAAACUUCCUUACCAUUUAUCACCUAUUGAGAUUGCCAUGUUAUCCAUUGAUCCCAUACAAAAAGGUCUCCUUUUUACCCUUAAUAAUAAUACACCAUCUAAAGAUCGAACCAAAGUAGUCUCUUGCUUGCUAGAGAAGCUCAAACAUUCACUCUCUAUCGCCCUCGUUCAUUUCUAUUUAUUAGCGGGUCGUCUUGCUACGCGAAAGUUCCCUGACGAGCACGCUUGUUCGAUAUACGUUGAUUGCAACAAAGGCCCCGGAGCAAGGCUCAUCCAUGCAACCACCCAUUUGAAAGACGUUAAGGUUUCUGAUAUUAUAUCUUCAACUGAUGUAAACAAAAUUGUUCAUUCUUUCUUUGAACUCGGCGAAAAAAUAGUUAAUCAUGAUGGGCAUACGAGGGCUUUGUUAUCGAUCCAAGUCACAGAACUCCUAGAUGGUGUGUUUAUAGGGUUUACUAUGAACCAUAGUGUAGUUGAUGGUACAUCUUUUACCCAUUUUGUUAGCAUGUUGGCAGAAAUUUUUAGAUCCGAUGGUCAUGCCACAAAAAUAUCUCGUGUUCCCAUAUUUAAUAAUAAGCCUUGGAUAAAUAAUUAUGUUAAUCCGAAUGACGCGCUCAAGCUACCGUAUCUAGAGCCGGAGGAGUUCAUGGAACACGGGUAUGAACCCGGUCCAUUAAGGGAGCGAAUCUUUCACUUCUCAUCUGCAUCAUUGAUAGCACUCAAGGCAAAAGCUAACCAGGAAUGUGAAACGCACACCAGCAUAUCCACAUUUCAAGCCUUAAGUGCUCUUGUGUGGAGAUCCAUUACCCGAGCACGAAAUUUGUCAUCGAAUCAAUCAAUUAGUUGUUCCAUUUUAGUCAAUGGAAGAAAUAGACUGGAUCCACCUCUAUCAGAAGAAAACUUUGGAAAUAUAAUAUCAGUAGCCCAAUUUGUUUGUAGCGUGGAAGAACUAAUGGGCCAUGAUUUGGGUUGGGAUGUAGGGUAUAAUUUUCAAACUAUCGUGGCCCAUGAUGGAAAAGCAAUACUGGACCUUCAUAAAGUAUUUUCUGAUAACCCAAUAGUAUAUGGGCGCCAAGCAACGUCGGACUUUCAUGGGCCGAACAGAGUAAUUAUAGGUGGAUCAAUGAGAUUUGAUAUGUUUGGGCCUGAAUUUGGAUUGGGCCGGGCUGUUGCCGCUCGCAUGGGCUAUGUAAACAAAGAAGAUGGUAAGGUGACUGCAAACCCAGGAUGUGAAGGUGGUGGAAGUGUUGAUUUGGAAAUUUGCUUUAGACCUAAUUAUAUGGCUACUCUUGAAACUGAUUCAGAAUUCAUGAAUUAUGUGUCACUUGAUUGAGGAAGUAAUGGUUUGUAGUCAAAAUCCUUUAUUAUAGUUCAUUUUAACUCUUUUAAUUCAAUGAAAAUGCAAUUUGAAGU